AUGUGUCAGUCCCUAACUCGCCUUUCGCUUGGCUUUACUAGCAUAAGUUCAUCUUUGGUACUCCGUCGAACGUUCACAUAUGCGUCAAGGCACAGGGCUUUCCCUACGACUUUGUAUCUACCUCAGCUUCAGCUUCAACGUAAAUCAAAACUUUAUGACCUGGCUUUGAGGCAGACUGAAUGGGCUUAUUCGGACGGAGUUGAAAUCUCUGCGGACGGCCUGGUCCACCCAAAUAUCAAUCAUCACCGUAUUGUCCAUACGCUUAUUUUGAUCGUUCCAGUCUCAAAUGGAGUGGGAUUGAUGCCGAAUACCCAUCUAAUGCACGAGAUUACGGAUAAUUCGAUAACUUACUACGUCGACUGCUUGAGUAGUGGUCAAGCUCCGGCGGCUGAACCCCAUUUCCUUUGUAUCCCCAAAGGCACCGUCAUCCCCGAAUGUUUGACGCUAUUCCACGAAAAGAUGUGGCGGUUUUCCCUUCAGCCCACGCAUCCCAUGUCGUUAGAGGACCUAAACAAAGCCCUCGCCCAGUUUUAUUACAGAUUUGGUCGCAUCUAUCCAUUAAAAGUGGAACCAGGAAAAUGGAUGACUAUGAGCCCCUGGGGGCUGGCAAUAUGGGAUGCGACAUGUGAUGACGAAGAUGAGGAGAAAUGGAUGAAGCAAUAG